AUGGCAAAAGCAUAUACUCAGGAUGAAUUUGAUAGUCUAAUGGAAAAGGUGGAGAAGGUAGAUAUUCGGGUGAAAGAAUACUUGGAAUUAGCUGGAUACGAAAAGUGGGCUAGGUUGUAUGCACCUGUUAACCAUGGAUGGACUAUGACGUCAAAUAUUGCUGAGUCAAUCAAUGUUGCACUUGUAUCAACAAGAGAAUUGCCAAUAUACAACUUCCUAGAAGAAGUUAUGAAGAUGUUUGGAUGUUGGAAUUGCAGCAAUCAGAAAGAAGCUUCAUACACAUACACAACGCUUGGGAAACAAUACCAAGAGAUCCUUACAUUGAAUGAGGCAUUGUCUACACGUAUGACUGUUGUGGUGAAGGAGCAGCGAUGGGUGUUGUUGUUCUCCGUCUUUGCCUGUGCAGAUUCAUCUCUUCAGCUUCUUCGGAUCAAGACGGGGCAUGCAAAGCUUGCGACUUCAGUCAUGUCUUGA